UUCAAGGCGGUGCCACCAAUUCCUGAAAAAUUUCAUUCAUUUUAUAUUCGGGCUGUACUACAAUACGGUAAUACGGUAGUGCUUUUGUUGUCAGGAACGCUCUAAUGUUGUAAUUUGAUCUCAAAAUGUUUGAAUGUCAAGAAUUUGAAGAUGCUUGUAAAGAGUUAGACAAUCCGGUGAUUGACGAAUACGAGUUUUUCGUCGAAGCAAUGAACGUGAAAAUUUACCGAAAAUAUAAAGAGUCAUCUGGCCUUUAUGAAUACAAGACAUUUGGUGUGCUUGAGGGCAUCUCUCCAGAUAUCUGUGCCAAAGUAUAUACUGAUCUUGAAUAUCGAAAAGAAUGGGAUAAAUAUGCAAAAGAAUUAUAUGAAUUUAAGGAAGGAGAAGUUACUGGAAUUUACUGGAAUGUAAAUUUUCCAUUCCCAAUGUAUAACAGAGAUUAUGUAUUUGUUCGAGAGACAAAAGAGUUUGACCUGGAUGGACGACACAUUUGGGUGGUGCUAGGCAAAAGCGCCCCUUUUGAGAGUGUGCGGGAGAGGUCACGGACAAUACGAGUUGAUGACUUCCAACAAUCCAUGUGUAUGACAUCCGAUGGAGGUUCAGGAACAAAAGCACUUAUGCAUUAUUAUGAUAACCCAAAGGGGAUGUUACCAACUUGGUUGAUCAAUUGGGCAGCUAAGACUGGUGUUCCAAAUUUUAUAUCCGAUAUGAAGAAGCAUUGUGAGAAAUACCCUGAAUACUUAGAAAAGAAAUCAAAGAAAGAAAAGAAAUCAACAGGCACUGCAUAAAUAAUGUGAAAUUACCUCAGGAAUCCAAAGGCAAUAAGUGUAGUGUGAUAAAAUAAUAAGUUACACCAUAGUUCCUUCUGUAUAAGCCAGGCGUCCCUAGUUAGGGGAAGCCACUUCUGGGAGAUGUGGUUUAAUAAGCACAAUCUUAACACAUCAAUUUGUAUUUUUCUUUGCAUGGUGAUACCCAUGGCCUGGGGGGCUCACUCUUAAAUAUUUCUAUACAGGUAGGUGCUGCAUUUAUGGGGUAUAUUUUCGAGGACUUGGUAGCAGAAGUGUGGGAAAUAUGGGGGGAGUUGCAGCAUUUGUGGGGUGUACUUGUAGGACUUUAUGUAGCAAAAAUGUGGGAAAUAACCGGGGUAAAAUUGGUAGAUAAAGUCUCUGGCCUAUCCUGUGACAUAGUGCCAUGAUUUCCCGCACGAUGUUAGCGGGAAUUUCAAGCUAGACCGGAUGCUAAUCCGGUAAGUCCCUUGCUAAGCCUACCUGUGGUACAGCCACAAGAUCGCGACCGGACAAAACACUUUUUGCCAUCGGAAACCAGUCAAUAUUGCACCCUCUCGGGGCACUAUUUAGUGGUCUUUUUCCUGUCGUCUUUUAGAGCACAGUGCGAUUAUGGUAAAUGGUAGUUCAAAUCCAUAAGAAUUUUCAGUAAAAUAGGUAGCGCAAGUGUCUUGAAGUGGCUGUGGCACCCCUAGUUUGGUUGGUAUGCAAGUGAACUAUGCAGUAGUGAAAACAUGCAAACAUCAUGAAUUUGCAGGAGAAAUGUUAGUUUCUUUAUUUUUGCUCUGCGAAACCAUGCCUAUCAGAGACUCCCAUGACUCACAGCAACUUGGGAGCGCCCUCUAUAAAUUCACUCCCGGUAUAAUCGCACCUCAUAACGUUGGUGUAAUUUUCAUGCAAAAUUCUCCUCUUUGCUCCAAGCCAACAACUAAUUUCAGAGGUUUAUAAGUAUGAAAUAAAAUGAAUUGAAAUUUAGCAUCAAAAUGCUAGCUAGUCCUGGGUGACUCCUGGGUGACCUUGGGCUUCCACGUCCUUUAAGCUGAACUCUGUCCUGGCUAAGCCCAUCAAACACCUUAACUUGAAUAUUCAAGGGGCAAGCUUAUACUUAAGGAACUAAAGGUUGGUAGUGAUGACCAAAUUGUAGUGAUGGAAUCAGAAUAGGAUUUGUUUUUUGUUUUGUUUUUGGUUUUUGUUUAUCAUAUCAUUGGCAUUGUUUCUUUUCACAUUUCUAUAUUUUGUUUGGAUAUCUUUGAAAUCUGUUAGUUAAAUUUUACUUAUCAGAGCAAUUAUAGAAAAUAAGAAAUGGCUUACUUGCUAAUAAGUACAUAAGUAGGUUUUGAAUUAACUAAAAGCAAGUUGUAGAAUUCAUUUGGGUUCAAUUUAUGGCGAAUUUUUAAUUUAUUAUUGACGAAUAUAAACGAUUGUAGAUACGAGCAAUAUCCUUUUCUUUUCUGUUGUCAAUAAUUUAAACUUUGUAAUUACUGUUUUACAUUCCAGGGUUUUAAGUUCAGUGUUGUACAAUUUAGUUGUGGCCAUAAUCAAAGUACUUUUCCACAUGAGUAUACGUCGUGAUUAGAUUUGGCUACAAGCUACUAGCUGCAACAUCACUGGUAUGCAACAUAACUUGUAAUGCAGUAUUGGAAAGUGCAUACACACAUUAUAUUGUGGUCAGUUUAUUAGAUCAUUAUAAUUUGUGUUAUAAUCAUCAUCAUAAAUAUUUUCAUCAAAUAAUAAUAUUGUGGGCAAGUCAUAUGGCUGAGUGGUAAGGCAGGCACACCACUACAGCUUUAACAACAGCGCUAUUUCAAAACCUUUCUCGCCCUGUCUGUGUUUGGGAGAAUCAGUGCCUCUCAGAUAAGGACUUAAAACUGGAGGAUGUCCAGCGUACACAUCUGACUCGUAUACACUUGUAAUAUUCUGGUAUAUGAUUCAGCUGCAGUCAUGGAAUGAUGUGAACAUGGAGCUGUUAAGUGCCACUACAAAUGUACUGUAGAUGUGGACCAUGUGACGCCCAGUGGCAGAUUCACAGGGGGAGCUAAGUCGGCCUGGACCCCCUAAAUUUUUCAAAAUUAUUUAAAAAAAUAGAGAAAAAAAUAUAAUUCCAGCCAUCUAGAGGUGCCAUAUUCAUAGUUUUUCUUUUCCUUAGGCCCAAUCGUGGUGGGGCUGAGCAUUGGUGUACCCACUAUAUCUGAAAGUCCCUCUCUGGGCCCCCUCUAUUUCAAAUUCCUGGAUCCGCCAAUGACACCCAUACAUAAUUCAGCAUAAUGGCUCUGUGAGUUGUGAAUUAUUCUUGAACCUAUAUUAGCAUCAUUGUUAUUGUUACAAUAAUUAUCAUACAGGUAUUGUUGGUUUCAGUCAAUGGUACUUAACAAACUAAAAGCAAUGAGAUAAUCAUCAGUUCAUAUCUAAACUUUCAGGUAUUCAUGUUUUGAAAAAAAAUUAUGUGCAAUAUAUUUGUAAAUUAAUAAAAUAUUUUUUAUAGAUUUCUAUCAAUAACAAUUUUUGGAUUCUUAACUGUAAGGUGCUUUCAAUACGUUUUAGAGCUGCUAACAAGUGUUCUUAACGAAUAAGUAUCCAAGUGUUAUAUUCCUAAUACUGUAUUAAUGUAAUUCUUGCCAUUGUCUUAUAAAAAUAAUAUAAAUAUAUAUAUAUAUGUGUGUUUAUAUAUACAUACAUAUACUGUAUACAAAGCUAUACAUUCUAUUAAGGGGUAUGGAUAACGUUUAAUUUUUACACAUAUUAUUUUGGUUACCCUGGCUACCUUUACUUAUGGAUGAACUUGCACAAAUAGUAAUAGUGAGAAACUACUGUGAUAAUGACUAUGAUAAUGAUUAAUCAGAUAUUAAAGUGUAAACAGUGGUAAGGAAAACUGAUGAUGGUAUUGAUAUUGAUAAUUUAGAUUUUGACAAUGAUAUGUUAAUAAUAGCAACAGCAAAUCCUUGAUGACAGUGAUUAAAGUUUGAAUUCCACUUACUCACUCAUUGAAGCUUGCUUGAUAUACCAAACGCUUAUCUCAAUAAAAUCAUGUUAAGAAAGAUGUAAUGAUGAGAUGAUUACUGUAAUAACUGAAAGUACAGUAUAUCACUAUGCAUAAUUUGUGAUGUAAAAUAGCACAGAUGAUUAAAGGUGUAUUGUUCCAGA